CUCUUGGCUCAAAGAGAUCACAAAGAUAGGCCUUCUCAAACAGCAAAGCUUCUGUUGCCGGACGAAACCGGGCUGGCAAUGGGGGAGGCCAAGCAGCUGGUGACCAAAGAGAACUUCACACAGUGGACCAAGGACUGUGGAGUGAAAUGCAUUCAGAAACAGUAUGAUGAAAUGGCAAUCGCUGCCGUAAAGAAUGGCAGAAGUCUUCAGGAGGAGAUGCAGACCCGAGGCCACAAGGAUUUUCAUCAGUUCAGCAAAUCGUGCCCAAAGUUCAGAUUGGGCUCUUGGCCGAUAGAGUUUGCAGAGCUAGGGAGUGGAUAUGUGCUGUACUUCCAGUUCCUGGCUUUUCUCAUGUUUAUCUUCCUCAUUCACGCCGGUUUGCAGGUACCUUGCAUGGUGGUGUACGCAGGAUCUAGCAACCUGGUAGAUUGGUCCUGGCACGAGUGGACCAAGGCCUACUCAACAGAUCCAAGCGCUUGCGACUGCGUGGGCAACUCAGCAGGAUACGCGGCAACAUGCGGAACCUGGGACUAUGACUUGUGUAGAAAUGAGACCGAUUGUACCUUCAAUGAAACGGGGAAAUGGAUCUGCCAGAGCUGGUGCUAUGCGGGCAAGUACUGCCCCAAAACUGACACUGGUGUGAGUGCCUCCAUGGUGAACGUGCACAUUCAUGACGGCAGCUCCGUGCUCGUCAAGUCCUACUCGUCCUGCACACAAGAUGAGACAUUGAUCGCCGAGUGCGAGGCGGACUUCCGGUCGACCAACACAGCCUACAGUGGGUCAGAUGUCGACACCGGCAAGGACAGGGUGUGGAUCGGCCAGUAUUGGUUGUCGCCUGGCAACUUGGGCCCAGAUGAGGCCACCAAUGUGAUCAUCCCAACGAUGUACACCGUUUGUGUCAUCAGCAUGUGCGUGCUCAUCCUGAUGGCUUACAGCAGUCAGGUUCUCACGGACUACAAAGUGGAUGCUGGCACCACCUCCCCCAAUGACUUUGCCAUCAUGGUGAAGGGUUUGCCCUCUACAGCGACGGACGAGGAGAGCAUCAUGGAGUUUUUCAAAGAACAUGCCGUGAAGGGGAAAACUGACACCGAGAUCGUCAAGGUGGUCAUCGGUUGGGACAUCGAUGAGUGGCGAGAGAACAUUGCCAGACUCAAGGACUUGAAAAAGCGGCUGGAUGCCACAGAUAGGACAGCGCCCGAGGCGCAAGAAAUCCAGAAAGAGAUGGUGCAGAUUACCAGCGCGCUGAAAUCCGCCGGGACGAAGGAUGCGAAAUUGCGCUCCUCUGGCGUGGUGGUGGUAGUCUUCCGGUACCAAAGUGAUAUGAGGGCAUGCCUUAAGAAGUGGGAUUCCUUCUGGGCCAACUGGUUCAAUUGCGCCUCAAGUGACAUCAGCUUCCUUUGGAAGGACAACGGCAUCUGCAAGGGCGAAGCGUUGCCGCGCUUUCCCAUUGGCGGUCGGCCGAUGCUUGGGUUGGAACGAGCGCGAGCGGCCAAUCCUGGAGACAUUCAUUGGGCGGAGCUGGCAGUUCCGCAAGGGGAACGCAUCAAGAGGCUAGCCAUCACGAAUGGCGUGAUGUUCCUGCUGGUUGCGGCCUGCUUCGGUGCCGUCUACGGGCUGCGCAUCGCUGCCAUGGCCGUGAAGGAAUCAGCAGGCUCUGGGGGCGUUUGGUUGUCGUUACUUCCUGCCUUCGUAGUAGCAAUCGUGAACGGCUUGUUGAUGGCCGCCGCCAGAAUGCUUGGGGACAAGGAGUUCCACGAUACCUUGACCGAACAGGAAUUCUCGCAAGCUGCGAAGAUGUCGGUCGGAAUGGUGGUGAAUACUGCCGGUGUCCUAUACUUCAUCUACGCAACACCCAGCGAAUGGUAUCAAGAUGGAGGUCUGGUGAAUGGUGCCUUCACCAUGCUUCUCAUCAAUGCUAUUGUGCCGCCCAUUGUGCCAUACCUCGAUCUCGGCUACAAAAUCCGAGGAACCAUGCGUGGCAAGUUGGAGGCCAGGCUACCAUACUUCAACGAAGUCCUGGGGCGAGGGCCGAACCCCAAAGAUCCAGAGCAGAUGAAGGAGUUGAAGGCGGUGAAGGCCGAAAUCGAAGCGUUCAAGAGGGCUUAUGCACCUGGGACGAUGAAUCCCACCAGGCGAUAUGCAAGCGCCAUCAAGACCUUUGUGUGCUGCUUGCUCUACCAGCCAGUGUUUCCAUUGAUUUCGCUGGUGGGUCUUGCUGGCUUAGGCGCACAGUACUGGAUGGACAAGUAUCUGCUCCUGGGGUGGUAUUCCAGGCCGCGAAGACCUUUGAAUGCAGACAUUGCCAACUUCUUCGUUAGGUUCGUGAAGCUGGUGGGGCCCAUUGGGCUCUCGGUGUCCUUCUUCGUGUUUUUGACGCCUUCUUUUGCUGACAAGAACGCCGUGGGAAUCUCAGCGCCAGCGAAGGGUCGUUCCCAGCGCCAGGCACAGUACAUGUGGUCAAAAGAGAUGAAGUAUCACAAGGUGCUGGGAUUGGCCGCGCUGGGGAAAAAAGGGAGGUCAGGUUGGUGGAAACACUUUGCAGUGCUCACAGGCUAUUUUGAUGAUCACUAG